UGACUUGAAAUCGAUGAUGGUUUUUCUAUUCCCCUGGACUAUGGAGACUGUUGCUCCUUUGCUUCUUAAGUGACUUCUACUUGACGCCCACUUUGGUUGUGAGGGGGCCACAUCUGGAACACAUCUGUCUUCUUUGGAGCGUGGGAAGAACAGAGCCUGAUCUCCACCAUUCGUUGGGGGCUUCUUUGCUUGGUGGGGUCCAGACGGGAAUGCUGUUGCAUCUCCGAGUGCAGGAGGUGGGGGUUGCCUUGCAGGAGUGCGGAUAGAGAGGAGAGACAGAAAUUUUCUUGGGAUUUUUGGCUUCACGUCUCCCUUUCAUGGGACUUCCAAGCCAGCCGGCCUGGCUGAGCCAUUUCUGGGAGGCUUCCACCUCUCAAAAUGAGCGGAGAUGUCCUCUAGCUGCUCCUGACCCAGUGCGGCGCAGCAGGGAUCGUCCCGUCUAAGUGGAGGUCCAGUGGCUAACGGGCGAUGGGCAUGCAAAAACUAGUGGUUGUAGCUGUGGCAGUAGCGUUGGUAUCGCUCAUUCUCAACAAUGCAGCUGCCUUCACCCCAAACUGGGUCUACCAGACGAUGGAGGAAGGACGCAAGCGCAGCGUUGGUCUCUGGAAGAUGUGUCUGGCUGGUAGGGGAUUAAGCACCAGGCCUGGACAAGGAGAUGAAAGGGUUUGCCAAUCCAUUGGUUGGGGGUCGGAGCCAUCUGGCUUACAAGAAUCCCGGAACACGGUCAAGUUGCAGUUUGACAUGAUGAGGGCAUGCAAUCUGAUUGCUACGGUUGCCCUGACCGCCGGGCAGCUCAUUUUCCUCAUGGGUCUAGUGGAGCUGCCCAUUAACACCCAGGAGUCUCAGUGGUGGGAAGAAGCCAUAGCUGCCGUCUUUCAGCUUGCAAGUUUUGUCUUAGUCAUAGGUUUGGUGACUUUCUACCGAAUUGGACCCCACACAACUCUAUCCUGGUCCUGCUACCUAGAUAUUGGUGCGUGCCUACUGGCAACUUUGGCAGCUGCUAUUCUGAUUUGGAACAUCCUCCACCGGCGGGAGGAUUGCAUGGCUCCCCGAGUCAUUGUCAUCAGCCGUACACUAACUGACCGCUUCCGCAGGGGCCUGGACAACGAUUACGUUGAAUCUCCCUGCUGAUGAAAGCCCAAAGUAAAGAACACCCCGUGGAUACUCCUGUGAUGCAUACGGAUCAACCAGCAAGAAAUACCAUCCAUAAAGUAUUAAACGCAUACCUACGUAUCACCCCAUUUAUCUACAUACAGAAGGGCCUAUUCUACUACUUCAGACUUCCUAAGGACGGACCUCUCACAAUGUGUACGGAUACACGAUGGAGAACCUACGGCUGUGCGUCACCAUGCACAUGGUCACUGUUGCUGCCAGUAAGUGGCCACAGCUUUGAUCUACCUAGUGGCGGACCUUUUCACGAGGCUAUAAAGCUUCAGGAUCCGUCCGAGUCUUUGUAGUGCGAAAAGCCACAAAGAUAAGAAUAUUAAACAAGACAAAAUUAUCUGGGGAUCCUCCAUUUAUGAGCCCUGCGGGGAAUGAACAAGCUGCACCAAAGGUCAUUUUCCUAAUUCUGCAUUCGAGGAUCUGCAUAGGAGAAGAUAUUAGAAUAGAAAGUCACCCACUGUAUAUCCUAUUAAUGUAUGAGAGUAACCAAUAGCAGUAUAUUUUAAUGUUAUUUAUCUGCAUUUCCAUUAUAAGUAAAAAAAUAAAAUAAAA